GUUGGCUGCAGCACUCGCCGUGCAAUGGAAAAAAUUGCUAUUGACAAAUGUUUGUUAUUUUGCAAAAGUGCUUAACAGAAGUGCGCCUUCGCCUAACCGAUUAGCACAUACAUAUAUAUAUAUAGGGAAAUUUAACAAAGUGCUGCCAUAUUUCAGGCGAAUGCAGCAGUGAAUUGUUUUUGGUACACUUUUGUUGCUGCCGCUGCUUCUUCUUCUUCUGCUUGUAAACAAAUUUCUGUGGGCAGCGUCGAAAGUGAGCGAAAAAAAAGUUGGAACAAAUGCUUUUGCAUAGCUGAGACACAAAAAUGGACAACAAAAAGGACAUCUACAAUCUGUGGGUGCAGUACACAACCAAGAACGACGAGACGUACUUUCGCGAGUUUGUGGCACGUUUUGUGGACAUUUGGCGCAGUCAGCUGCAAUUGGACUUUCAGGCCGCCAACUGUCCGCUGUGGCACGAGGUGCAGCCGGACAAUGGACCGCAUCUGGGCCGGCUGCCGGACGAGCUGUUGCCCGCCAUUGGCAAGUUUAUCAUCGUAGCACGGGAUGCCUGCGAGACGGAUAGCCUGGAUGAGCAGGGCAUCGAGCAGGUGGCCAUAUUGAUUGACUGCUUGGUUAUUGUGUGCCGGCACUUUGACAAUAUCUUGUCCAUCAUCAAGUAUGAGUACAAGCCCAAUCUAAUCGCCAUACUAACCAAGGUGUUCGCCCAGCAAAUGGAGCAGCGACGCGCCACGCUGGCCAUGAGUCAUCUGUUUCGCAGCUUUUCCUCAUUCCUGGAGGUCAUGUACGAUCCGUAUCUAACAUGGCGCAGUUUUCUACGCGGCCAAUUGGCAGAUUACGCUCGUCUGCCGUACAAGCCGCACGCGGUGCAUGUGGAAAUUGUGCCCUUUAUCUACGACUGUUUCCAGAACGAGGCGCUGCUCGGCUUUGCGGAUAUCGGCGAGAGCCUGCUGCAUGUGCUGGGCGCAAUCAUUUGCGGCUCUCAGAAAACUCUAAACUUGAACUCAACAUAUAGAAAUACUAACGCUCUAAUUAGUGCAAACGCCCCACGCUCGGGUGAUGGGCAGCUUCUAAACUGUGAUAACUUGCGCAAUGGCAUGCGAGCCAUUUGCCCGGCCACGGUCUCCAUCAUAAUGCGCAUUCUCCAGCUGUGGGAGAGCGCCAGCAGCCUGCGUCAUGUGGCGCUCAAUUGUUACGCUCUGAUGGUGAUUGUGCUGCAAAAAUCUAGUCCAGAAGAACGCCAAAUAGACCUAGUUACGUUAAUUCAACUCUAUUGUGAUGCACUGCAGCAGCUGCUGGCGACAAAGCACUUUGACAGCGGCGCCGCCAGCUUCGAUAUAACCAGCGACACGGACAGCGAUGUGGCCAUCGAUAUGGGCGCGCUCUCCGCCAGCGUGGCGGCCGUGCAGCUAUUUCUGGCACCUGGCGCUGCGCCCGUCAGCGAGGCCAUUGGCGAGACCAAUUUGCUGGAGCUGCUGAUCGGCCUGCCGCAGCUCAUUCAGCCUUGGCACAUCGCGCACACGACUGCGCUGAGCAGCACCAUGGAUGCACUGGCUGCCCUGACGCACAGCGCGCCGCUCUGUGCCGAGCAGCUGCGUCUGGCUGGACGCAUUGAUCGGCUGUUCGGCAGCAUGCGCGAGUUUGAAGCGCCGACGACGGCACUGCUCGAUGCCUGCUUCAGUUUGGGCUACGAUGCGGAGCAGCGUGUGCUGGUGUUGCCCGAGGUCAUGCUGCAGCUGCUCCAGUGGCUGCCAGCGCUGCAGGAAGCGGAGCAGCUGCACGUCAGCCUGCUGCUGCUCAAGGGCUGCACGGACAACUAUGGCACCAAGACUGUGGCUUGCGGCAGUCGCGUCGUCAAGGUGGUCUGCGCUUGUCUACUCCAUGGCGAGCUGCUGGCCGAGGCCUGCGCCCAGAAUCUGAUCAAACUGAUCGAGGAGCUGAGCAAGCUCAGCAUUGUUCCCGCGGAGCUCAAGUGCAUAUUUGCCCUACUGCGACAGGGCAAUCAGUUUGCCCAGUGCAAGCAGCUGCAACAGACGCUCGUCGUGAUUGCGCUGCAGAGUCUGCGCGGCAGCAAUUGUUGUGCACAGUAUUUUGCCAUUGAGCAGCCGACGGAUGGCAUUUUGGUGCCCGAUAUCAAGAACUGGACACUCUCCGGCGCCUAUGGCUUCAUCCUGCACAUGCUCGUUCGUUUCACUGUCCAGCCGGAUCAGACGCAGUCGGGCAGCACGCGUCGCAUGCUGCUCACCCUGCACACGGCCAGCGGCUGUGGCUUUGAGGUCUUCGUGCAGCCCAAUGGACACGUUGUGGUGGCUGCUUUGACGCGGCGCGAAUACCUGACGACGGCGACGGCCACCAAGACGCUGCUGGACGGCCAGUGGCAUUAUCUGACCGUGGCCAUAACGCCGCCCAAGCGGCCCUUCUCCUACAGCCAGAUCAACAUCUAUGUGGACUUUGUGCAGAAGCUCAGCGCCACGCUCAAGGUGCAGCCCGUCAACGAACCCUUCAGCGUGUGCGGCAUCGGCGCAGUGCUGGCGGCGCCGCCAAAGCCAAGUGAUGUGCCCAAAGGUGGCUCCCUGCCGCGUUCCUCUUCCCAGGAGAGCGGCCACGCCUACAAGGGCAUGCUGCCCAGCCUGCUGGAGCGCACGCUCUCCACAAACGUUUCCAACUAUUUCACGCUGCCGCUGCGCACGCAAACCGCGUUCGAUCCGAAUGUGAAGAACUUUCCCAUUGGCAUGCAGGACACGGUGUUUGGCGAGCAGGCCUGCCUGCAGGGACAUUUGGGCGGCGUGCUGCUGGCGGAGCCAACGACCAGUCUGAAGACGAUCUUCGAUGCGGGCAUUAAUUUCAGUUCCAUCUUCUCGCAGGAUAACGAUCUGUUGGAGCUGAAUUCGCGCUUUGUUUUCUGCUAUGCACCCGGCGCCGUUUGGCACGGCAGCUGUCAGGAUCUGAUACCGGGUGGCAGGUUUCCGGGCCGGAUCAGUGCACAGCAGUGCAAAACGAUCAAGAUACAGGACACCAUCAACAGCAUUGGCGGCAUCAAUGCCAUACUGCCGAUGCUGCAUCGGCUGGUCAGGGAGCAGGAGUCGGAUGUGUCCAUUGGCAGCGAUGACUCUGCCGAUGACUCUGCCGCGUCGCCGGCAUCGCUGAGAACGCCCAUUGCCGAGGAGUUCACCGACUGGGAAAUGCUGUCGUCCAACUCGUACACGGAAUGCAAGAUGAUACAACAUCCGCUGGCUAGCCUGCUCUGCCUGCUGCGCUAUCUGACCCACGAGCACGAAAACAAUCAGCAACAGCUGCUCAGCAGCGAAUGCUUGGCCAUCAUUGGCACGAUGUUGCAGCGCUGUCCGCCGUCCUAUUUCGAUGUGAACGCCCUGAUGGCCACGCAUCUGCUGAUGGAAUCGCUGCAGGGCCACAAAUCGACGCCUUCGGCUGGCAACGCGCAGCUGCUGGAUGCUCUCUACGAGCACAUUGUCUUCGACUUUGCCAUUUGGUCGCGUUUGCAGUUCCAAAUAACGCUGGGCCACGCCCAAUACCUGAGCGCCAUGAUCAAGAACGAUCGGAAGUACUUUCGCCGACGCUACGGCGUGCAGUUCAUGCUGGACGUAGUGCGUCAAUAUUACAGCACGCCGGAUAACAUUUGCAGCGAUGAUGCGCGCACAAUUCGUGCCACACUUUUCAGCAUCGUUCGUUUCUAUUUGCAAAAGGACGUCAACAUCAAGGAGGUGAAUGCGAUUAUUGCGUUCCUGGCAUCGGUGCGGCAGGAGCUGGUCCUCGUCGAGCUGCUCGAGAUGAUGACCAACUAUGUGCGCGGCAAGAACUGCAAGGAUCAGAUGGUGCUGCUGCUGCACGAGCCGCAGAGCGCCAAUCUCAUCUACAAUUUCUUCGUGGACAAGAGCUACAACAGCGAAAUCCAAGAGGCCGCCAUACGAUUCCUCGGCGCUUUGCUGGCCACCUCGCGUGUGCAUCAGAAGUACAAGCAGGUGCUGCGGCUGUACGAUCAGAGCAGCGAUCAGAGCAUGUUUCCCGGUUUCUUCUCCUUCAUAACGCCCAUGUCGCUCAGCUCGACGAUAUUGUUCUAUCUGGUGGAUGAGAUGCUGGGCCCACAGCCCGACUAUGGCGGGCUCAUGUUUGUCGUCUAUCAUGUGAGCAGCUGCGAUCUGCAGGUCAAGCUGGAGAUAGCCCGCCGGCUGCUGCAGACGACCUUCGUCAAACAGCAUUCCACUGCGGCCAUCGCCAAGCAGACGGGCUGGCAGGAGUCCAUCGCCCGGCUCCUGAUACGCAAGCCGAUUACGUGCGUGCCGCCGGAUGAGGAGCGUCGCCGCAGCUUUGGCAUCAAUAUGGAUGUGCUGCUGGAGGACAAUACCAGUUUUCUGGCACAGGCCGAUCUGAUUACGUUCUCGGAUCAGGAGAUUAACCUCGCACAGCUGCAGCAGCAGCAGGCGCAAUCGCAGGAGGAGCACAGCGACAGCGGACUCAUACUUAACGAGAUUCAGGCCAGCGUCUCCGAGGCAGCCACUGUCAUCGAGAGCGAGAUUAAGGAACUGGCUGAGUCUGUCUCCGGCGCCGUUGUGGAGAAUGUGAACAGCGUCUUCUCUGUUCUACGCCAGACAACGCACGACAUUCAGGACACCUUCGAGUCGCUCACCUUGGGCAGCUCCACGGAGACCGACAAUACGCCAACUGCCUCGCUGCACCGCGAGGAGUCGCUGAGCUCCGAAAGCUCCACACAGUCGCCGCACGGGCCGGCCAAGAAAAGCGACUCCAUGGAGAGCACCACCGGCUUUGAUUUUAUGGCUGAGGGCGAUGUGGACACCGAGGAGCAGCUGGUUUAUUUGGUUUCGAAUACGAUGUUCAAUGUUUUCUGGCGCGGCAUUGCCAACGAUCAUCCGCAAUGCUGGCAGGAGCGCGGCCAGGUCCUCGGCUGCAUCAAUCUGUUGGCAUUGAACAACGAGCUGAUCACCUCGCAUCUGUCGCUGCGUCUGCGCAUCCUGGAAAUGGCCGUGCAGGCCUCACUCUUCGACCUCUCCGAGCAUGGCAGCCAAACGCAUAUCAAUCAGGAGAACGCCUCCAAUAUUCUGCGCAUGGUCUACGAGCUGGUCGUGCUGGGUUCAAACGAGGAUGAGUCCAAGAAAUGCUCCACCAAGCUGUUGGAUGGCGUGCUCGCCCUGCUCGAUGCUCUGAUGAUAUUCCAGCAAGGCUCCUCGGACGAUUGGUCGGACAUGAUACGUUUAUAUCUGGGCCUGUUGCUCAAGUGUUCGCAUCAUCCGAAUCCCGGCAUCGUGGCCAUGGCCACGGCCAAACUGCAUGCGAUACUCCAGAGUCGUGCCACCGAGGAUCCCGCGGAGCUUUCCUACUUGCUCUACAGCAUCAAUCGAGCGCUCGACAAUGCCAUCGAGGUUGGCAAUCCGGAGGAGUAUUCGUUUCUGAUGCCUGUGAUGAAGGCGCUGCUGGAGAAAUGCCGCUCCGCCUUCAAUCUAGACACAACACUGCCCGAUCUGCCAUCAACAUCGUCUGGUCCAGUAUUCUUCAAUGAUUUCCAAAUGUAUAGCACGAGCAAAAAGUGGCGCAACUUUAUGGAACGCAUGGUGAAGCCGCUUUACGAUCGCUACCAGCGCGAGAUCGAGCUAAAUCUGUGGGAGCCGAUCAAUCGCUUCUGGGCCGAGUGCUACGAGGCCUGCAAGGCGGCGUCCAAGCAGCGGGCCAGCUUCCAGGCGGCCAAUCGUCGCGUGUUCCAGCAAAAGAUCUAUAUGCCGUGGAAGGUGCGACAGGUGGAGGAGAUGCAGCGCCUGCAAAAUGCUGCACUGCAGCACAAAACCAACGACAGUCACAUACGCAAGAAAUGGAAGACAGCCAAGCGCUUCCUCUACGGUCCCCGGGGACCCUGGUUUACGGGAGAGCUAACUGAGGAGUUUUGGAAACUGUCGCCGCACGAAAAUGUGGCACGGAUGCGCCUCAAGCUGGAGCCGCAGCUGUAUCCGAACAAGCACGAAAAUGCCGCCAAUCUGCGGGACAAUGCGACCAAUGCCUACGACACAAAAGAAAUAUCCGAGUUUGACUCGACCAUCAAGAAUGCGGUGGUGCGCGAUUUUCUGGCCGAUGACGAGAGCUCCCAGCUGGAGGAGGAGCUGCGCCAGCUGAUCGACACACAAUCGCAGCAGGAUGCCGCAUUGGAGAAGCUGGUCAUGUCGCAGGACUGCGAGCUGAUAACACUUAUGACCAAGGUCAAGGGUCGCAUUGAGGUCAACCAAAGCGUGUUCACCUUUGUCGACCUAAGCCCGCCCCUCGAAGAUGGCUCCAAGCACGAUUUCAGGUUUUCCAUCAACAAAAUCCGUGAGGUGCAUCUGCGCAAAUAUAAUCUGCGUCGCAGCGCUCUCGAGAUCUUUCUGAUAGAUCAGACCAGCUAUUUUCUCAACUUUACGACUAAGACUCGCAACAAGGUCUUCACCAAAAUUGUGGGUCUGCCCUUGCCGAACAUCUUGUAUGGCUCCGGUCGCUCGCCGCCGGAACUGUUGCGCGCCUCGGGUCUAACUCAGCGCUGGGUCAAUCGUGAGAUAUCCAAUUUUGAGUACUUGAUGUACCUCAAUACCAUAGCUGGCCGCUCGUAUAACGAUCUGAGCCAGUAUCCCGUCUUCCCCUGGAUUCUGGCUGACUACACCAGCGACGUGCUGGACCUGACCGAUCCGCGUUCCUUUCGUGACCUGUCCAAGCCAAUUGGAUGCAUCAAUCCCAAGAACGAGGCGGAGGUGCGCAGCAAAUACGAUUCCUUUGAGGAUCCCUCGGGUGCCAUACCAAAGUUCCACUACGGAACACAUUACUCCAACUCUGCCGGCGUGCUGCACUAUCUGCUGCGCGUUGAACCCUUCACCUCGCUGCACGUUGAGCUGCAGAGCGGCCGCUUCGAUGUGGCCGACCGACAAUUUCACUCCAUACCGCAGACGUGGAAGCUACUAAUGGACAAUCCCAAUGAUGUCAAGGAGCUAAUACCCGAAUUCUUCUAUUUUCCGGAGUUUCUCAAGAACAUGAACAAAUUCGACUUGGGUCACCUGCAAAUCACCAAAGAGAAGGUCGACGAUGUCAUUCUGCCCGCCUGGGCCACCACGCCCGAGGAGUUCAUAGCCAUACAUCGGCGUGCUCUGGAAUCGGAAUACGUUAGCCAGCAUUUGCAUAACUGGAUCGACCUCAUCUUCGGCUACAAGCAGAAGGGCGCCAAGGCCGUGGAGGCGCUGAAUGUGUUCUACUAUUGCUCCUACGAGGGCGCCGUCGAUCUGGACAAAAUAACCAAUCCCAUUGAGCGCGAGGCCGUCGAAGGCAUGAUCAACAACUUUGGCCAGGUGCCGUCGCAGCUGCUGCGCGAGCCACAUCCCCGUCGGCUCACCCAGGACGAGACGGCGCUGAAGCUGGUGCGCGCCGAGCUGAAGCGACCCGAUUUCACACAGUUCCUGGACAAGGUGGUGCAGUACUAUUGUGAGCUGUCCACGGCCAAGGAUCCGAUUGUGUAUCUGAGUCCGCCGCGCAGUCCGCCGCGCUCCUUUCUGCAGCUCAGUCCCGAUGUGCUGGUCAGCGUCUCGAAGGUCGGCAUUCUGGGCUGCAACUCUUGGAUGUCCUUCGACAAGGAGCAGGGAUUUCUGCUGGAAAUCGACGCAACCACAACAAAUCUUAAGAACCGGAAGCGCGUCUUUGGACCCUUUCAUCCCUCGCAGCCGCCGCACUCGCAGAACUUUGCGGUCAGCACCGAUGGCAAGCUACUCUACGCCGGCGGCAUUUGGGACAAUGCGCUGCGCGUCUACAGCCUGAACAAGGGCAAGACAUUGGCCUCGGUGACGCGCCAUUUGGAUAUAAUCACCUGCCUGGCAUUGGACAAUUGUGGCUCCUAUUUGGUCACCGGUUCGCGCGACUGCACCGCCAUUGUGUGGAGCAUACAGGGAGGCAAUCAGCAGAGCAGCAUGCCCAGCAGCAACAUUCCAGUCCACGCCCUGACCGGACAAUCCCAUCUGCAGGCCAUAACCCAGCUCAACACGCAGAACAGCUACUCGCCAAAGCCUCUGACUGUGCUCUAUGGCCAUGACGACGCUGUCUCCAGUGUGGCCAUCUACACGGAGCUGGAUCUCGUUGUAUCCGGCUCGCUGGACGGCACUGUCAAUGUCUACACACUGCAGGAGGGUCAAUUUGUGCGUACCCUGAAGCCCAUUGGCUGCACCGAAUCCUGUGUGCAAAUCUCCUACGUAACUGUUUCAUAUCAUGGUCACAUCGCCUUCAGCGCCUUGGACGACACAUCGCACUCGGUGCACGUGUACAGCAUCAAUGGUGCCAGCCUGGGCUCCAAAUAUGUGUCCGGCCGUGUGACGGGAUUGGCCAGCGCCUCGGACUAUCUGGUGGUGGCCGACGAUGCCGGCGACAUAACCAUGAGUCGCCUCCACGGGCUGAAGCCCGUCUUUGACAUUCCGCUGCAUGUGCCCAUCCAGACCGUGGUCGUGACGCCGGGCAACACGCACAUCCUGGCCCCGUUGCGGGACGGACGCCUCGCCGUCGUCGCCGUCCAGCUGCCCCUCGCCGGCACCAAAAAGCAUUCCGUGCUCAAUGUCUAAGACGAACUCUGGAGCGGAGCAAGAAUUAACUUUGUUUUUGGCUAUUUUGUUUUUUUCGGUCAGUUUUUAAUUCUUGGAAUUUGUUUCUGCACUCGCGCAUAUUUGUCGUAUUUGUUCAUAAUUUGUUUUUAUACAUAUUUAUUUUCAUGUCGUUACGUGCCAAAAAGAAAAGAAAAGAAAGAAUGGCCAAAAAGCGGGCCAACAUGUUAGGUAUCUGUUGUUGGGUUCGCUUGAAAUAUAUACACAUAUAUACAUAUAUAUAUAAUUUAAA